AGCUGCUGCUGCAAGUGAACAUCGAUUCAAUCGGACGGAACACGCAGUGUUCCUGUGUUCCAAAUUCGUGUGUGUGUUUAAAAGAUGGAAAAAAUGGACUACCAGUAUUCCGGAGCCGGGGUGCCUCAGCCCCAGCCUGGUGUACGGCCCAUGGUCGAUCCAGAGGCACACGGAGAAGUCGAUCCCUCCAUGUAUCCACAACCCAAAGAAGCAACGCACAAAAUCCGCGGAAAAUCCGACAUCCUUGAAAUGAUCUUCGGUCCAGUUGAUCAAGAGUUGUUGAUAGUAAAGAGCUUUUAUUUUUUCUUCUACUCUGCCUUCGGAUCGCUGUUUCCUUUGAUGGGGGUGUAUUUUAAACAAAUGGGGAUGAAUGCUAGCCAGUGCGGGUUUCUCAUCGGGAUUAGGCCCUUUGUGGAGUUUCUGUCGGCUCCGUUUUGGGGAAGUUUGGCCGAUAGGUGGCAGAAAGGGAAAUUGUUGCUUUUAGCGUCUUUAUCUGCUUGGAUAGUUUUCACUGUUCCUUUGGGCUCGAUACAGCCACCAGCAACGUCUUGCAUGGAAUAUAGAAACAACUCACCUGUUUUGAUAGCGCCUAAUGUCAACAUGAGGAUGGUAAACAAGAGAUCGGUUAUGAUGGAGAAUCCUUCGUAUAUACACCGGGCGGAUGAUUCAACGCAAUUUUUAAGGCACAUUAGAACUGAACGCUCGGCCCGACCCAUACCGAACGCUGGGCAGUCACCCAUAAACGUGAAUUACGCAGCCAAUUAUAAACCCCAAGAUCAUGACAGCUGGGUACAGCCUAUAAUAUCUUCCAUCGUUUACCGAACUCAAGAUAUCCAAAAAGCAUUCUUCCUUCUCAUUCUUUUAGUAAUAAUUGGAGAGUUUUUCAGCGCACCAGCUAUUACUUUGGCAGAUUCAGCUGUAAUCACUCUACUUGGUGAAGAUGCCGAUCGUUAUGGUCAUCAAAGAAUGUUUGGUUCUCUGGGAUGGGGUUUAGCUAUGUUCUUCGUUGGCAUAGCCCUAGAUCAUUCCACCUCUUUCCCCAAUCAUCCGUGCGGGCCAUAUAAAAAAGAGAAAAACUACACUAUUUGCUUCGCAACGUUCUCGGUUCUUAUGGGAGCUGCGUUAAUAACAGCGACUCAAAUAACUUUCAAGUAUGACGACCCUCCACCUCCACCGCAGUCCGAUACAGAGAAACAACCACCACCGAUGUCACACGAAGAUCAAAUGCAGGCCCAACUAGCCGAACAAUUGCAGUUGCCGUCUUUGGCAGAUACUAGAGCAGCUCCUAUUCAACCAACGGAAGAAAAGACCAAAGUAUUUGCUCAAACAACACGCGAAAUGCCCGAGUGGGUCACAGUGCUUCAACAGUUCAAAAACUUGAAAUGUGCUUCUUUCCUCUUCGUGGCAUGGUUCAUGGGUUUUGGAAUUGGCUUAAUCUUCACUUUUCUUUUUUGGCACUUGCAAGACUAUGGAGGUUCCCCUACACUGUUUGGAGUGGCUUCCGUUAUCAACCACAUAUCAGAAAUCUUCGCCUACUUUUUCAGUUUUAGGUUGAUCAGACAAAUGGGCCACGUUAAAGUCUUGUGCCUUGGUCUUAUCGGCAACACUCUACGAUUUCUAUACAUAUCGUGGUUAUCAAAGCCCUGGUGGGUUUUGCCGUUUGAGUUCAUGCAGGGAAUCACUCACGCUGCAGUUUGGGCGGCAUGUUGUUCAUAUCUAGCUCACAACACACCGCCUCAUCUGAGAUCAUCGGCUCAAGGGGUCCUUCAAGGUAUUCAUCAUGGAUUAGGACGUGGUUGUGGUGCCGUUAUUGGGGGAUUGUUUGUGAAUUCGUUUGGGUCUACCGCCACGUUUCGAGGUUACGGUCUAAUAUGUCUUGUGGUAUUGGGAGUUUUUGUUUUCAUCAAUUUCUAUCGUGUAGAUCAGGGCUUUGUCUCUGAUCUACCUCCAACUGAAGAUCCACACCAAGUUGCCGAAGAAACCUCGCAUCUAGCACCGCAUGGUGUACCCAGUAACCCGAUACCCAGAGCUUUGUCUAGCACUAAACUUCAUGAAUUAGCUCAACAAGACGGUUAUGGUGCAACUUACCAGAUGGGACAGGGAGGGACCUUGGAUAUUCCCGGAGGAGGAGCAGUAAAUCCGUUUGUGCAGAAUACGGGCGAUCAACGAUACACUGGGUUCCAGACGAAUACUAAUUUGGUCCAAUAUUCCUGUGGAUUUUCAUCCGAGUUUACGACUCUUCAGACGCAACAACCCAUUACCACUGCUAGCUGUAGUUAUGAUUGGUAAAAUGAGACACCACACUACCAUAAAUAAUUAUUCUUUUUGAUUUUUAUCAAAUUGAUAAGAUUGAGUUUAAGUACGUAAGGAUUUAUAGAUAAAGACUUAAGCGUUAGAGGGUAAUUGAUAUUACUUACUUUUUGAUGUGAGUGUAAGCUCUCUUUAAAAUUUUAAAAUAUAGAAAGUAUCGUACUAUUACACCAUUUUAAGUCAUAUCAUUUUAAGUAGAAGUUUUUACGAGAUAGUUUAUUUUGGAAACAGUAGCUUUUGGAAAAUUCUAAUUUUGAUAAAUAUAGACACGAAAAAUUUUUUAUUAUAGAUAUAUUCAACAUCGUGUCUAUUAAAGUUAAACUGUUGUUUAUUAUAAAUGUUGCAAAAGCGGAGUACAUUGAUUAGAAUUAUGAUAAGUAAUCUCUAAUAUAAAUUUAGUUUACGUUCGAAUAUUGUAUAAAUUUAUUGGGUAUCAAACCCACAUUGUGGAUGUACAAAAUACUUGUUGAUAAUAAUUUGUUGAAAUUAAUAAUAGAGCAUUUAUUCCGUUUUGUUUGUAGAUUUUUAUUUGUAGAUAGUGUAUAUUAUAUCACUUUUAUUGAAGUGUGACUUUAGUGGAUGUGCUGGAGCACUUGUAACGCUGUCACUUUUUAAGCUAGUUUCAUUUAAGCAGUUUUGACUGACUUAAAAAUAGAACGAUUAACAACAAUCAACACCCGGCGGCUUAACCGUGAAACUAGUUUUUGGAGUUCUAAACAUUUACAUAUCUUUAAGUUGCCAUUUAUUGCCGUCAUAUCUACAUACAUAAAUAUACUAAUUUGUUAAAUGUAAGUAAAUGUAUAAAAACGAAAAGACAAAGCUUUUAUCGUUUAUGCAUAAAUACAAGGGGGAACGCAUAAAGUAGUUUUAGUUUCAAUAAAAGUUCCGUCUUGUGUUUAACACUGAAACACUAAGUGACAUCCUUAGUCUAUACAUAUCCAGAGAAGUAUUAACGAAAUAUUGUUGAAAACAAUCGCAAGUUUAUUAUUUAUGUAAAAUAGCACCUUGUAUUUAUCUGUAUAUGUGAAAUAUAAUAUAGUGGCACCAAGUAUGUUACUUAAUUUUAAGCUAAAUUAUUUUAUAUUCCUAGGUCUUAAUACAGUGGCCGUCGUGUCUUUUGAAAUGGAAAAUAAAAGACCUUUAAUAA